GGCGCUUUUUGAAAAAAUGCAAUUAUUAAGGCGCCUAAGAAGCGAGAGCCGAAAUACUUCUAUUCAUUUGAGCUGGCAAAGUUCCUGGAAGACGAUGCCUUCGAAACUUUCUUUUUUAUCACCUCUUGAACAAUGGUUUGGAAUAAGGCUACCAGAAAUUGGCCAUAAUAACAAAGCUUUAAAUUCUACACAGUCUGUUUCCAACAACAGGUUCAACUCUUAUAACAUGAGAAAGGAAUUGCGGUCGAAGUCAAACGAAAACUCUGAGAAUAUCAGUAGAGCUGACGAAAAUACGCAUAUCGUAGACAGUAACACGGAGCGAAACAUUCGGAGAAAUAAUACUUUUUCUACACCUCCACCUCCACCUCCGCCACCUCUUCCUCCUCAACUUUCAGCUCUCUUAGUUGGCGUGUCGGACAACGAUUUUCCAAAGACAAAUUGUCCGCAAAGUCCUUUCCCACCGAGUAGUGGCUCUUCUGUGGGCAUGGAACAUCUGGAAAAGAAGCUUGACUUGAUCCACGAGAUGAUGUUACAACUAAUACAGUCAGUUUCACAAAGAAAAGAAGGACAACAAAGUGUAAAGUCAAAACAACCAUACAACUGUAGCAGUCCUUCUAAAGUCAAGACCUCCAAGCAACUUAAAGAGUCUGUAGAAGGUGUAGAACUUUCAGAUAUCAGAGAAAAGAUGAUGGAAGAAUUGAAAAUCAGGCUGAAGCAAAUGAGCGACCGAAAGUGACCGUUCUUCGUUCAGUUCCUCAUGACCUCUUCGUCGUUUGCAUCGUAUCAAAUCUUUCGAACGCAAAUUGUUAACCACUUGUGUUUGAAAUCAUU